GGCUGCUUCCCAAGAGAUUCUCCGAACCAGUGUCCUGAAAAGCCCAAAGUCAGUCCUCCGGAAGUCCAGGGUGGAUGUUUUGCUGAUGACCCUCCUAACUGCACCGAAAACUUUGUUUCAGACUGGUCUCCUUUACAUGAUGCCUCUGUUCGUGGGCGUCUGCUUACUCUGAAGAAACUCAUCAAGCAGGGGAGUGAUGUCAAUCUUGUUACAGCAGAUCAAGUGUCUCCUCUCCAUGAAGCCUGCCUAGGGGGUCAUGCUGCUUGUGCCAGUGUCCUAUUAAAACAUGGUGCUCAGGUGAAUGGAGUUACUGUCGACUGGCACACUCCAUUGUUCAGAGCUUGUGUCAGUGGCAGCGUGGCUUGCUUGAAUCUAUUGCUGCAGCAUGGAGCCAGCCUAAACCCGCCCUGUGAUUUGGCAUCCCCCAUCCAUGAAGCUGCUAAGAGAGGUCAUGUGCAAUGUGUCGAAUUCCUCACGUCCCAUGGUGUAAAUAUAGACCACAACAUCAAACAUCUGGGUACUCCACUUUAUGUAGCUUGUGAGAACCAGCAAGUGAGCUGUGCCAAGAAGCUACUUGAGUCAGGAGCAAAUGUGAACGUUGGCAAGGGCCUGGACUCUCCUCUGCAUGUGGCUGCCAGGAAUUGCAGUGUGGAGCUGGUGAUGCUGCUCAUUGACUUUGGAGCGGACAUCUGGGUGAAGAAUGCUGAAAGCAAGAGACCGAUGGAGCUGGUCCCUCCCGGCAGUCCUGUGAGCCAACUGUUCCUUCAGAAAGAAGGGCCACUGUCCUUGAUGCAGUUGUGCCGCCUGUGCAUCAGGAGGUGUUUUGGACACAAGCAGCAUCAAAAAAUAACUGGACUUCUCCUCCCAGAUGAGCUGAAACAUUUCCUUCUCCAUGUUUAAGCCUUUCAUGUUCAAAACGGUGCCUUUAAUAACACAGCAAGGUUAGUUG